AUGCUCAAACGUCAGGCACGGUUGCGUCGGGAAUUCAUUUACCGCCGUUCUAUCGAGGCUCGGGAUGAAGCUCUGAAGCAGAAGAGGAAGCUAAUUAAAGCGGCCAUAACUGAAGGGAAGCGUCUGCCUAAGGAAAUUGCAGAUGAUGCCAUAGCUCUAAACGAGGACCUUGAUUGGAGUGAUGAUGGAGGCGAGGGUGAUUUAGGGGCGGAGGAUGAUGAGUACUACUGGGCCGGCGCAGAGGAUCCUCGCGUUGUGGUCACAACUUCCCGUUCGCCUAGCUCUCGGCUGCAGGAAUUCGCGAAGGAACUGCGACACCUCAUCCCAAAUUCCACCAAAAUAAAUCGAGGCAAUUAUCUAACCAAAGACCUAAUGGAUGCUUGUCUGGCUCGGCAGGUAACUGAUGUCGUUGUCAUCAACGAAACCCGCGGCGUUCCCGACACCCUGAUAAUCAGCCACCUGCCGUUCGGUCCCACGGCGAAGUUCACCCUCUUCAAUGUCCUGAUGAAGCACGACUUCGAGGAGAAGGGACGUGGCAGUGGAGCCAAGUGUCCACAGGCCUUCCCCCAGCACCUCUUUCAUGGCUUGAAUACGAAACUGGGGAUGCGCGUUCGCUGCAUCCUCAAACACCUCUUCCCCGUCCCCAAAGAUGACUCAAAACGCGUUAUUUCCUGGUAUGAAGACGAGGAUAUUAUUCGGUUUAGACACCACACCUACAAGUACGUCAACAAGGAACUGGAGAUCGAAGAACACGGACCCCGUUUCGACAUGCGCCUUUACAAGAUCUGGAGGGGGCCGCUGCACGAGGAGUCGACAGCGGACGUGGAGUGGGUCUUCCGGCCCUACAUGAGCACCUCGUACAAGCGCCGCUUCCUGUCAACUGAAGACGACGCGAAUGAGGAAUCCUAG